CGUGAACGCAGCGCAGGCGGGUCCCUUCAUGACUUUCUGUUCAGCAGCAGUUCUGUGAGUUCUGGUGUCAGGGCGGGGAAGAUCGGGCCUGAUCAGAACCAGAACCGACGGAUCCAUGGAUUAGAGGAGCAGCGACCGCAGACAUGGGCUGUGUGUGUGCAUGGCUGGUGUGUGUGUGUGUGAUGUGUGCGUGUGUGGAGGCCCAAAAUGGAUCCAUUCAAGACGACGGCGCUACCCUGGACCACCAUCACCUGGUUACCAAUGGCAACGCAGCCUCAGAUCUCUGCGUCAUCGACCAGCAGCUUUGUGAGGACGAGAACUUGCUGCUGAGCUUCGAGGCGAUUUGCAGCAUCCAUAAAAUGAUGGAUGACGACGCCGACGGCAGCGUGGACACGACAGAGACGGACGAGUUUCUCAGGGAGGACCUGAAGUAUAAAGACCCCAAAGCCAAACACAGCAGCUUCCACCGAGCCGACCUGCUCAUCAGCGUGGAGGACAUGUGGAGAAGCUGGAAGAGCUCCGACGUGUACAACUGGACGGAGCAGCAGUUGGAGGACUGGCUGCUCAGCAGCGUGGAGCUUCCUCAGUACGUGGAAACCUUCAGGACACAGCAGCUGAACGGGAAGGCCUUACCCAGGCUGGCUGUGAAGAACACCACACUGACGCUGACCGUGUUGAAGAUUUCAGACAGAAGUCACGCUCAGAAGCUUCAGCUCAAAGCUCUGGACAUUGUUCUGUUCGGACCACCUGUGGGGCAGCAGAACCUGUGGAAGGACCUGGUUUUGGGUUUGUCCAUUCUCAUGGCUCUGGGUGGCUGCUGGUUCGCCUACGUCCAGAACAGGAAGACCAAAGAAGACCUCGGGAAGUUCAUGAAGGACCUGGACGGUCUGCAGAAAGCUGAGCAGAGUCUGCUGGACCUGCAGGACAAACUGCAGAAGGCUCAGGAGGAGCAGCGCUGCGUUCAGGUGGAGAAGGUGAAGGUGGAGGAGCAGCUGAGAAAUGAGAUCAACUCAGCCAAACGGGAAGCUCAGCGGCUCCAACACCUGCGUCAGGGAACCGAGAGCGAGCGGAGCCGGCAGAGAUAUGCUGAGGAGGAGCUGGAGCAGGUCCGCAUGGCGCUGAAGAAGGCGGAGCGGGAGCUGGAGUCCCGGACCUGCUGGAUGGCGCCGGAGGCGCUGCAGAAGUGGCUGCAGCUGACGCACGAGAUCGAAGUCCAGUACUACAACAUCAAGAAACAGAGCGCAGAGUGGCAGCUGCUGCAGGCCAAGGAGGGGGCAGAGAAAAUCAAGAAGAAGAGGAGUUCUCUGUUCGGGACGUUCCACGUGGCUCACAGUUCUUCGCUGGACGACGUCGACCACAAGAUCCUCUCUGCCAAACAGGCCCUGGCUGAGGUGACGGGGGCGCUGAGGGAGAAGCUGCACCGGUGGCAGCAAAUCGAGGCUCUGACCGGUUUCUGUUUGGUUAAUAAUCCGGGUCUUGGGUCUCUGGCUGCCGCACUCAAGUUGGACCCGUCCUUCCUCGGCCUGCAUCCUCCGACGCCUCAGCACCUCCUGCUCUCUGACGACCUGGAUGACAUGGAUGAGGACAUCCUGUCUCACGGGACUCUGCAGUACGCAGCGUGGCAGAUGGACCGGCGAGUGAGCGACCUCUGGCCUUUAAGUGGCAUCGCAGACAGCCAGUCGCCAUGGAAACAUUCUGCUCAGAGUCUGACGCCUCCACGGCAACGGCUUGAAGAUGCUGCUCUGACCUUCACCUCUCAGAGGGACAUCACCAAAUGCUGCGACUCAGACUCAUCCCUACCUUUGUCUCAGAGCAAAUCCCGAGGCCUGUACAGCUCCAAGCCCUUCCUCCUGUCAUCCAGGCUCCAAACCCUCCAGAGCCAGGGCCGCGGCAGUGGCCACGGAGGCCUGGAGAAGAGCUCCAGCCUCGGGGAGCUGAGGGGCAGCACCGCUGGUGUUCUCGGAUCCGCCUCCUCCACCCGUUCCCUCUGCGUCACGUCCGACGUCGCCCACGGCCCGGUCGCCUUCUCGUCCUCUGCCUCGUCCAGCUCUUCGAGCAGCAGUCGGGGAACCAUCCUCCAGGCCAGGAGAAGCCCGCUGGAGGUGGAUGGUGGGGAUGAGCCGGAGUCGUCCAGCAGCCGGAGAAGAAGCACUUUUACCAAGAUAUUCAAGAAGAAGCAGGGACGUCACUGAACCAUGUGAGUCUCAGUUACAGACAAACAGAGCCACUGCUGACUCUGAUGAGGGCUUCACCACAGGGAUCCAAACUAACUGUUGCUGAGAGGAAAGUUCACUUUAUUUUACUUUCUAGUUACUUGUUUGCAUUUUCUCUCCACUGUGGAUUCACUGCACGACUCAGGAACGAUCAAAGAAAAAAACAAAGAAAAAAAUGCAUUUAAAUUUCUUAUUUGAUGUGGACCCACGGACAACACCAAUUCACUCACUUCCUCCAAAGUAAAGUCUGAACUUUGAUUCUUCUGACCAGAUUGAGGGGAAACCUUUGUAAAAGCAGCUGCCGGUACGAUAAACGAAGCUCUACAGCCUGAAAACACAGACGUGACUCCAGAGAUGCCAUCGUGUUACUACUUCCUGGUGGUUUUACGUGUGGGUUCAAUGACAUUAGGUUCUAUUUCAUGACGUCAAAGAUCCAAAUAGUAAAGAGAUGAGUAUAAAUGAGAAAUGCACGCACACUUCAGUUGAUCAGGACUUUGAGCAGGAAGGAAGACUAACGCUAACUUCAUUAUAAAAGUUACAGCCAUAAAGCAGCUGUUUGUCCCAGGACUUCAUAACCCAGAAUCCCUGCAAGAGCAGCAAACCUCUUAAACCCUGUGAAGACCUUGAGAUUUCAUUUGUUGUGAAUUGAAUUAAACUAAAUCUUAUCGUCUUCACAUAGAAAGAUGAGGUUUUGUUGUUGGUUUUUGUUGUUUAUUUAUUUCAUGCCUAACUUCCAUAAUAAAGCUGUUAACUGAUGUCAUCACUAA